AUGAGACGUUGUCAGCGCUUCAACAGUGAGUCAAAUCUCUCGAGCGUUUUUCAAGUCAGGCUCGGGGGAGACGUUUCUGAGAGUUUCUGUUGGCGAGCGCAGCUUGCCUCUCUACGUUGCCUUCAGCCUUCAAGCAAUGGUCUACAACCAACUUCCUUCACGGCUACGGCGCGUGGAGCCUGGGAGAAGCGCCAUCGCCACAUUGCGCAGCUCAGUCCGAGUCCUGAUGGCGGUCUGCUAGCUGUGGCCAGUAGUGAUGCCGUCGUCGAGGUCCAUGAACCAGGAGACAGAACCGGGGAAUCUUUGCGUCUCACGCUCGAGCCGGUACACGACCGAAUGCCAAGGACUAAUCUUAAGUUUUCCGGAGCCGCUUGGCUCGCUCCGGCAGGCGCCGAGAGUGUUGUUAUGGCUUUUGAGAACCUACCCCAGAUGUGGCUUUUCGACUUGCAGACAUGUUCGUUGGAUAGACCGACGACGAAGAUUCGGUUGGCGAGUACCACAACGCAAAGAAACUCAAUCGACGCGGGUGUCUCUGAUGUAGCGCGCGUGGAUGACUAUUGCUUUGCAGUUAGUCUGUAUUCCGGGAUGAUCCAGGUGUACGAUGUUCGCGCGAGCCAUCGCAAGAAUGAUGGCAUCGCGACUCUCUGUGCGACGGGGCGGUUCAGCGUAAUAGAUACCCAAGGGAUGUAUAUCUACCGUUCUGGCGGGGAUAGCAUCCAUAUGCACGACCGUCGGAUGUUGCGCCCCAUUCAGGUCGGAUCCAUCAAGUCUUUUGGCGGGCGACAUUCAUCUGCAGGGGGCGAGCAGGAGGUUGCAAGUGUGACGAUUGGAAACGACGAGGAUCGCCGCCCGUCCUUCUUAAAGGCAUUGCCAGGGGCAGCACCAGGAUGUGUGAUGUACCAGACGUCUGGUGGAGCGGUUGGACACGUAGACAUGGCAGCCAGCAAGCACGCUCUAGAACAUAUCCCAGAGGAGUCGAUCACUUUGAAGCGACCAAGACCCAUUGAAACAGGGUUGGACGAAUACGGGACGGCCAGUGAGAUGAUGCAUCAGCCAUGGCAUGUCAGAAGACGACAUUGCGAUGUCAAGGUUGGGCCACUUGGGCAAGGCUGGAGGGUAGUAGCUCCGAUUGCACAUGGAGCAGGGGUACGCGUGAUCACUUUUGGACCAGGGGUGAAGACGCGAAGCAUGAGAUUAUGGAGGAAAGGAUAUUAUAGUUGCGUCCAUGCGAUCAACUCGCAGUUUGAUAAGUUCAUCCUUGGAGGUAGUGACUGCACAUUAGAAACCAUAGAAGCAAGUUUCUAG